AUGAUCUUCACUCACAAACUCGCCGUCCUUGUCCCCUUCAUCGCCUCCGCCUCCGCCAUCUGCCCUGGCUUCAACUACGGCGUCGGUAACGUUCGAAGUCUCGGGAACGGGUUUAACCGAUGGGACGUCUACAACUCCGCCUGCGAAGUCGUCGACGGAUUAACGACCAACCUCAACCCAUGCGAUACCAGCACAUUCGGAUGCACUCCCCCACCCAUCAAGUUCAACCGCUACACCAACUCGUUCGAUGGCUUGAUCUACGAAUGCCGCCCCGAUCCCAACUCUGGUCGAUGCGGAGAUGAUGUCAUCUCCGUCUGCUGCCGAAACGACGGAGGCUAA